UAAAUCGUUUGAAUCGUCCCGAGUACAGAAGCUUAUUGAUUGUGUUGGAUGUUGUAUGGUAUUUAUUUAGUACACAACAUAUCAGAGUGAAACCAGCCAGUAUCCACAACCCGUCCCCUCUCAAGAUCAAGAGAACACCCUAUGCAAAUACAAUCAUCUCCCUUCAAAUAUAUAGUAAUCCUAGCUCAGGCUAUAUAACAAGAAGUCGCUUUUCAAGGAUGUAAGAGUCUAAUUGCAAAAGUACUAUGUAUGUUUCUCCAGCUCGGGGGUCACAUCACACGGAACAUGAUAUCCAAGCUACAAAACGAACAAGCAAGACCGGCAUCCUGUUCAUUUCCAUUCCCCUCUCCUGCUAGAAAAUCUCAAGCUCUCCAACCCACAAUACAUUUUCGAAAUAAAAUAAUAAUUCGCUACACAGCAUUGAACAUGCCCCCACCACUCCAGCCAAAAAUAGACGAUACUGCGUCAUCGUUGCCCCACCUUAACUGGAGCUCGGAUAUGACGUCACAUCAUGUUUUGUAUGCUCUACCCAAACAAACCAACAAGCACUUCAACAUCUACAGAGUGCACCCAGACCCUGUUUUUCCCUAGCUCUUCACGGGAUGAUCUUAGAUCCAUUGAUGUCACUACCCGGCCCGACAGACCCUCUCUCACCAAGGUGGAAGACAGAAAACAAGGAUUUGCCAAGUCGGAGAUUUUUAUCGUUGAAGCCAAGUUUGUGUUGCUUGGGGUUCUUGUAUUGCAAUUUUAUGUAUGUAGCCAAGUGCAAUAGUGAGAAAGGGGGUCAUUGUUCGACUUGUUUGUCCAAGAACUAUCCAGGGAUAAGUCUGUAUAUCCAUCCGCCUUUCCGUGUGGGUAGUGGAGGAGGGGAUGAUCAUUGAUCACCGCAUACCGGCACCGCGAAUCAAACACUUGAAUCCACAGCAAUGAUGUAAACGCAACAAGUUUUACCCCUAGUCGACGGUAUAAUUCAAGUCUCUUAACAGAAAUGCAGGCUACCUCAUCAUACUAGUAAUCCACUUGCAAAUCGUAAGGCGCCACAUAUAUAAACACAGCAACAGCGCCUUCAGCCACUUUCUAUUCCUCCUCUUCCAACUCCCUCCAUUCAUCCAAUCAAUCCAAUCUAUCACAACCUCUCACCUCUUACCUACCUUUUUCCACAACUUCACACACACACACACACACACUCUCUCUCUCUCUCUCUCUCUCUCUCUCUCAACGAAAAUGAACUCCCUCCCCACCGCCACAGCCCACUCCAACGAUCCCGCCGCUGCGUCCUCCACUGCGAACCCAACCGAGAAGCGCGAUUACUUGGACAAAGGCCUCGACGCCGCCGAGAAGAAGUGGGGCGGUGAAUGGGGUCAAGAUACCGAGAAGCACCGAGCUUUGAACGAGAAAAUCACCGACGGAGCACGCAACGCAUUCGAAAAAGCGACGGGCAAACAUGUGCCUGAAAAGUUCUCGAACUAA